AUGGCUGCUCGCAAAGCCCAAGCCCCACCCGCCGCUCCAAGCACAGAUCUUUCUACUAUACUGGCGGGGGAACGAGUGUACCUCAAUCACAAGGUCUUUGACGAUGAAGUCGCACAUAUAAUCGUACACGAGUACAUUCUCAAAUUGGGGGCAGAGACGGUCGAAGCGCGUCGAGAUGCUACCAUCAACCUCCUCAACCCUUCACACCCAUCGUACCAAGCCGAACUUCAUCAUAAUGCCCUGCUCGCCUCGGACUAUCCGGAAGUCCAGCAACCGCUCCAUCUACCCUACCACUGGCUCACCCUCUGCCUCCAUCUUGGCAAGCGCGUUGCCCACGAAGAUCUCGAUCCCGCGGAGCCCUUUUUCGUCUUCCCAGGCAGCCGCCAACCUCUCCGCGCAUGGGUAUCGCUCAACGUCAUCAAACGGCACGAUGAGGGGUCGCCAGAAGUGGCGCACGCCAACACGGUCCUGCUCAUGGUCCGAGGUGGCGCGUUGAUGGUCAAGAGGCGGGCACAGGCGGACGUCCUGAUCAUAGACCCUGGAACCAAGUUUUACCAGGUGGUCAAGGCGGAGAAGAUCAAGCACAAGCGGGAUCACCAGAGGCUGGCGGAAAGGGAUUGGGUGGAGGAUUGCUCCAAGAAUCAGCUGGUGGCGUGGAAGUCGGAGCGGGAGAUUGAAGAGGCACCGUCGGAUGCGGAGAGCUUUGCGAGUGAAGAUGCAAAGCCGACUAAGAGAGGUCCGGGCAGACCAGCAGGCCGACCACGCGCAGAAUUUGCUCCGGCAGAGGAUGAUUUUCUCUGUCGCUAUCUCGCUGCAUUUCAGCCUGAUGGAUCUUGGGGAAGCAGAGCGACCUAUGAGCGUAUGGUGGAGCGCAGCAGCUUAUUCCCCGUGGCGUCGACUCAUCCUUCCCAAUCAUGGCACGGGCGCUUCAAGAACAAUUCGGGAAGCUUUACCAAGCGAGUCUUAAACUAUAUCCAGGCGGGCAUAGACGAGUCGCUCAAGACGAAGGUGGAGCGUAAGGCGAGCAAGUCUUCCCGGGAGGCGAAAGAGGAGCAUAUACCGCCGAGGGCAUCAACCAGCGCGGGGCCGGAGCGCACCUCAGCAUCGAAGAGUCCGACCAAGAAGCGGACGGGCGAAACCAGCGCUCCUCAAAUCAAGCGGAAUUUGGUCGAGCCGGAUGGUGAGGAGGAGUCGAUCGCUCCCGAACGGUCCGCUGGGCACGGCACGCAGGCCCCAGGCUCGGUCGACCAGCUGGAUGUCGAGAUGGCCAACGGUGAAGCCAACGUCAAUGAUGCCGAGCCGAUGUUGGAUGACCCGGAACCCAUCGUACCCCCCAAGUCCCAGUCUGGUCAGCAAUUGCAUGGCGACAGCAUCAUGGUCGACCAGUCGCUCGAGCACGUCCCAUCAGACGACCCCAUGGGGCAGGUCGACGAACAUCAGCCCAGCCAGCAGCUGGACGAAAGUCUCGCUGAGGAUCGGCAGAUGGUCGGGGCGGAGACGCAGGUCCUGCUUGACGAAUUUGCCCAUGUCAAUGCGGCGGUGGCAGCCAAGGAGGCGGCAAGGGCGCCGGCGCAAGCAAUUGCCAAUUCCCGUCUUCAGCAGCUGCAAGCGGACCGUUACUCGGCAGAUCGGAUCCCCUCUUUACCUCAAUCUCCUCGGCGCACGGCAUCACCUGCUCCAUCCACAAAACGUGCUCGCCCCUCUGAGCCUCGCGCAUCCAGCGAGCGGCGCGGCGAGAUGCCAGCUCCGCCCUGGCCGGCCCGUGCUCCUCGGAUAUCGCACGGAAGCGACGGUUCCGGCAGUCGUCGGCGUCACAGAGGACGGGAGCACGGAGGAGGAGGGCGAUGA